UCUAGCGCUAAAGACUACAUUUAUCAGGACGACUCACUGCGCAUGCUCUUCAUUUUAUGGACUACAUUCUGUAGCCUUAAAGACUACAUUUAUCAGGACGACUCACUGCGCAUGCUCGUCAUAUUAUGGACUACACUGGGGAAGCGCAGCGAGCAGAACACUGAGCAGAAGAUCGGAAGCGAUAAGAACGUUGGAUGAGUGAAGAUGUCAUCUUUGAGAGUCAAGCCAGGGCAGAGGUUGACAAUGUUGGACUGGCACACCAACAGCCACCUGAUCUCCAGCAACGCAGAGAGGCAGCGCUGGGGCUCACACUGUACCCGCCAGGAGGCACGCGGACUGCGCUAUGAGACCAGCAACAAGAGUAAAUGGGACGAGCAGGACACCUGCACACGUCUGUCUGACAGGAUUGAUGAGGUGACCAAGUGGAAGGACAGUUUGCUAAAGUGUCUGGAUGACGUAGACACAGAAAUCAAGGCUCUGAGUAUAGUGAAAGAGAGCACAGAAAAGGCUCUGGCAGCGACAUCACUUCCUCUGGAUGUGGCGAUCGAGUGUCUGAUGCUGCGCUAGGGUCGCCGUGGUAACGACCUGGUGAGAGACCCUGUGGAGGCGGAGCUACACAAAGAGGUGGAGGUGAUUGACAGGGCCCGGAAGGUGCUGCAGCAGAAAAUGAGCCAGGCCAUUGAACAGCUCUGUUUACUGCAGGAGGUCUGGCAGCAGCUGACAUUUGACCUGCGGCAGAAGAAUGAGGCUUUGGAUGUGGAUCAAAGCUGCCUGUCACUCAACGUGAACUCUGCAGGUUUGUCUCUGAAACUGAGCCCCUCCCGUGUGCCUCCAUGGUCUGUGAGGUUGAGAAGGUCUCCACAGUCUGGAGUCUGGUCUCUGAGAAGCUCAACAUACCUGUCAAUCAACAGGGACUCCUCUACAAAGGCAAGGCGCUGGCAGGUAGGCUGCACAGCACAGCACAGCACUCAGGAUUACGAGCAGAGCCUGCGCUUGUUGAGUCUGGAUGAUAUGGAGCAGCUGGCGACCCACAUGCUUCACCCUGAGGCUGUGGAGUGCAUGGAGCUGUCCCUCCUGGACUGAGGAAUACUGCUGCUGCCCGCUGCCUUCCCUCCUCGCCCCUCGCCCCUCUUGUUUCUUAGUGCAUCUGCCAGUGCUUCUCACCCACUGAGCAAGGCAUUGAGCAGUGCCAGAUCCUGUUUCACAAUACUGCUAUAUAUUUACUGACUAUUCUUUAAUUAGAACAUUGUAUAUGUUUGGUAAGAUAGACCACACGAUACACCCUUUCUGAGCACAUUUUCUACUUUUCUGUUUCCAAGGAGCCCAGUUUGGUGCAGGAGGAUUGUGGGUAAUGGAGUGUGUUUUUAUUGGUCUGCAGCCCCUGUAUCGGCUUCCAUUAGCAUUGCUGGUAGAGGAGUGACUGGUUCACUUUAAAGCCUUUUUCUUAAAUAAACGCAGACGUUUUGAAA